AUGUCCAGUAAGAAGAAAUACAAGAUCUAUAUCGCUGUCCACAAAGGAGACCCCAUAGAUUUCUCGAAGUAUAGGCACACCGGACUCUGGUGCAUGCCUGAGGACCGUUAUUCGCACUAUUAUUUCUAUGUUAAAGGCCUAACGGGGGACUUCACGUUUGAACGGCAGGAAUACGACAAGGGGGUGAAUGGGAUGAUUGACGCAACAAUGGAGGCCGAGGAUGAACACCUAGGGUAG